AUGGCACUGCAAGAACAAGACCCACAAGUGUCAGCUGGUAUGGUGCGCAUCUGCAUAUAUGUAUGCCCUUUUGCUCUGGGCUUGGGCAUCCUUGCCAUUGUGGCUGCUUCUAUGCCGAAGUAUUGGCUCUUGACAAGGUCAUUAGAUACUGAGUUCUACUUAGCUCCCCGUUUUGUGACGCACAUUGAUGACCAAGCAAUCAGGGCGCUCACAAAGUACUACUUACAAGCCCUUCCUCCAAGCAACACUCAUGGCGUGGCCAUCCUGGAUAUGUGCAGUAGCUGGGUGGAGCCAUUAUCCAGCGGGUACAAGCAAGAGAAUAUCGUAGGGAUGGGUAUGAAUGAAGACGAACUGAAGAAGAAUCCGGUUUUGACAGAGUAUGUUCUGCAAGACCUCAAUCUGAACCCGAAGCUUCAUUUCGACGAUAACACCUUUGAUGUUAUAACCAACGUGGUUAGUGUAGACUACUUGACAAAACCAAUGGAUAUUUUUAAGGAGAUGAGACGAAUACUUGAACCAUGUGGGUUAGCUAUCAUGAGUCAUAUCCAUUUGUACAUCAAUUGGUGA